AACACCUGGGCGUUCAGGACGGCCGCAGAGACAGCUUGGAGAGUUUUAGAGUCGGGAGGCUCAGAGCUUGACGCGGUUGAGAGAGGCUGUGGUCAGUGUGAGAUCGAUCAGUGCGAUGGGAGCGUGGGAUAUGGAGGAAGCCCAGAUGAAAGUGGAGAAACAACUCUGGAUGCAAUGAUUAUGGAUGGCAACACUAUGGAAGUUGGGGCUGUUGCGGAUCUCAGGCGUGUGAAAAAUGCAAUUGGUGUAGCACGAAAGGUCAUUGAAUACACUAAGCAUACAUUACUAGUGGGAGAGUCAGCCUCCCUGUUUGCUGUAAGAAUGGGGUUCCCAUAUGAAGAUUUAACUACCCAGAAAUCCCUUUCACUGUUUUCAGAGUGGCUUAAUCGAAGCUGUCAGCCAAACUACUGGAAGAAUGUGGUGCCAGACUCUUCAAAAUCCUGUGGACCCUAUAAACGGCGUGCAAAAAUAGCUUAUAAAGAAGAACAGACCAGCUCACAAAGAAGUAUUCAGAACCACGAUACUAUUGGUAUGGUUGUAAUUGGUGUGAAUGGAACCGUUGCUUCUGGGACAUCUACUAAUGGUGCAAUCCACAAACUUCCAGGACGUGUUGGAGAUUCUCCGAUAGCUGGAGCGGGAUCCUACGCAGAUAGUACAGCCGGAGGAGCUGCAGCCACCGGGGAUGGUGACAUCAUGAUGCGCUUCUUACCCAGUUACCAAGCUGUGGAAUACAUGAGGAUGGGAACAGACCCAACAGUAGCCUGUCAGAAAGUUAUUUCCAGAAUCCAGAAGUACGCUCCAAAGUUCUUUGGUGCUAUCGUUUGUGCCAAUACAACUGGAAGUUACGGUGCUGCAUGUAAUAAAAUUCCAGGAUUCACUCAGUUUCACUUCAUGGUUUCGAACCCUUUGCUAAGUCAACCAACUGAGCAAGUAGUAGACUGCAUUUAAUUUCUUUUCUCCUAUUAGCAUCUCAGCUUAGAAGAGGAUACUGCCAAGUUCCACCAGUUAUUACAUCUCAAAAUGGUUGUUUCUAGCAUUUAAUGGCUGUUAUGGUCUGCUUGUUUUCCUAAGAACUGAGUAGCCAGAAGUGAUGAAUAAUCAUUCAACAGGCCCUUUGCUUUGACAAUUAAAAAUAUAUUUGUCAGACAUCUGGAGUAAUGGGCUGGAAGUGGAACUAUGACUCUACACAUAAAAUUUAUGUUGAGAAUAUUUAAUUAUCUUUCUAAGAUUUAGUCCAGGUUUUUUCUUUUGAAAAGAAAAUUGCAUGAAAAUGCUGACAUACAAAGAGGCUUGAGGAGUAGUGGAGACUAUUUCAAAGCUUUAAUGAAGAGGUAAGAAGUCCUUAUGGACUAUUUUACCUUGUUCCACAACAGCUGAGAAUACAUUUGAAUAGAGAGUACAUUCUAGCAUCCCUGGUAGUACAAACCUUCAAGGAAUUUUGGUUGACUGAACUGGAUAUGGAGACAAUUGGAAAUCAUCCUGUCACCUGUUUAUUGUAGUGGAAGUAAAGUUAUGAACCAUAAUCCCAGUGAUUUCCUUGUCAGUAAUAUGCUGUGCGCUCACCCCGUCCGACAGCGCAUUAACCUCUGCAAAGGAGCAGUUGAAUGCCUAGAGUGUGACAGUUACCUACAGCUCUGGCUUUUGUCAUUUUUCUGUGUCUAGAAACACCAGGAUUCAUUUGUAAUAGAACUUUAGCAUCAUGAGGAUUAUUCCCCAGGUAUUUGAAGAUCUGUUUGAUCAUUCUCUUAAAUUGGUGGCUUACUGAUCAUUUGAUGGAAUCUUUGCUAAACUUUAGCUAGGAAAUUGCAGGAGCGGGGAGUGAAUAAAAAGAAUGUGUCUUAUCACUUUAAUUAUUCUCUGUCUAUUUAAAUAAAAUCAUUGGGUAAUAAAAGCACACCUUAAUGUAUUAGUAAAGUUGUUUAGAUUCUUGUGUACUGUGCCUUAAAUUGAUUGCCGCUUUAUGUUUCAAAUUGGUAUCUUUAAAAGCCGGAAAUAAAGCAUUCAAACUAGACUGGCUAUCUUUAA